AUGCAGAGUUUAGUGAGUGCUAUUUUCAAAUGUCGACCAAUUCCAGACAUUUUAUCCCCAACAUUUACCAGCUUUACAGCACAAUGCAGAUUCUACCCAACGCAUAUAUCUAUCGCUCCUUAUCUCCUAGAUCGUACGAAACCUGCUGAAGAGGUACUAAAGAGUUUGACUUCUGAUGAUGCCCAAAGGCUUGAGUAUAUUAAAGCCGAACAUAAUAUGCUUAUCGCUAGUGGUAGACCUGCGCCUCCGAACCUAUCUGCCCUGGAUUAUCUGGAGCUCUUGUGUUGUGCCUCUAUCAGUGCUCGGAAUCGCUAUUACCUGUUUCGAUUCAAGGUGUCAAAGAAGAAGGAAGCUAGGAAGGCUAAACUGGCCGCAAGAGCUGUGAAGGAGAUGCCCAGUGAACUGACGCAGAAAAAUCAAAUUCUGCGCUUAAUAACUUCCAGUCCGGUUCGAAUGCACUAUGACGAUUGGGUGGUGGCCGAACUCCGCACCGCUGACGAUUCUGCUCAAACCCUGGUUUUCGAUUGUUCACAUGAAAGCGAAAUGCGCAUCAUGGAUCAGAAGAACCUUGCACGCCAAUUGGCAAUGGCUUUCGCACACAAUCGAACGAUCCGACCUUUCCCCUUUCACUUUAUGUUCACGAGUCUCAUACCCGGAACUAAUCAAUAUCGCUUUUUUGAGGAGGCCUUUGGUACAUAUAGUUCAGACAAUUUUCCGAAUCUGCAUUCGGAAAGGCUUGGGGGUUUGGAUAAAUGUCCCUUCACGGUACGAUCGGAACACUUCAGUGAAGUGAUGAGGGGUCGCAAACUGAUAUAUCUCAGCCCGAAUGCAUCCUGCGCCUUUGAAAAUGGCGAAUUCGAUCAUGAUGCCGCCUUCGUCGUUGGUGGCAUCGUUGACAAGGCUAUUCGCCGUCCCGUCACCUAUGCAAAGGCUCGUCGUGCUGGCGUGCAGUGCAUGCGGCUUCCGUUGGAGCGGUACGUGCACUGGCGCUCGGGCAGCAAGACUCUAACGUUGGUGACCAUUCACGCCAUUCUGGCCACAGCCAAGGAGACAAAUGGGGACUGGAAGACCGCUUUGGAACGAAACAUCCCCUCGCGCUUUCUUCGAGAGCACGACUCCGUCCAGAGAGACAUCAACAGGCUAUUCCAAAGCAUCUGA